AUGCCAGACCCAUCAAGCGUCCCCCGGAGGGUAUCGUUCGGUUACAUUCUCGGGUUCAGUGACAAACCCUACAAAGAUCCAAAACCACCUCCGCCACCGCGCCCCAGAAGGCCGAGCCAACUAGCGGAACUGGUCGCUUCCCCCGGAGGUUUGGUAGAGUGGACAGCAAGUGAUGGGCGUAAGGGUAGGCUUACGAGCAUGGGCAAGCCGCAAUUGACUGCUGCAAGUCUCGCCAAAGUCCCAUCCGGUGUCCAGUCAACGAAGGGGCAUUCGAAUAAACGUACUUCCAAACCUCCCGCUAGUAAUGCUGAGGAUCCAUGGAAAGACAAUGGUUGGGGUGGUUUCGAGGCGACUGGUGAGACCACGAAGUCAGCUUCAAAUAAGGCAUCUCGCAGCAAAAGCGAUGCCUGGGGAAAUAGCGAUCGGAAUGCCAGUGGCUCCAAUAAAGGAUCCCAGAAGGUAGACAGCUGCACUCAAGUGCUCUGGGCUUCUGGAGAUCCUGAUGAAAAUAACGACAGGAAAGCGACUGAGCAGACAACCAAGAGUGGAGAUUCGAACGAAACACCGGCUCCAGUCAAUACUGCUCCAGAACAAGGCGAGGCAAAGAAGCCGGAUGAUGCGAAUAUAUGGACGAAGGAGGAGGACGAGCAGCUACUGCAGAUGAAAACAGAGAAUGCAUCCUGGAAGACGAUCCAGGAUAAGUUCGGUAAGACGAGGAAACAAUGCACAGAAAGAUGGAAUAUAGUUAAGCCAGCGGACUGGAAAUCUGAAAAUGCGAAUAACAACACUGGUAAAGGGAAUGCAAGCCAGAAGGACACCAAGUGUGAUGAACAGAAGCAGAACCAGGGGACCAAGGACGGCAAAAAGGACGGUAACAAAGAGGAAGGCAAGAAAGAUGCCGAAGUUCCCGAUGAUCCUUGCAAUGUCACUCUUGGAGCAACGUUCGGUGAGACAAGUGACGACAAGCAAAGCGAGGCUGAGAAAGCCAAUAACGCAGGUACUUGGGAUACGGAUGAUCCUACAAACAUAGGCAACACUGGUGAUGCUAAAGACGGCAACGAUACCUGGACCAACAUGGAUGGGGCUGGUGAUAACAAGGACGGUGACCCUGACGAUCCAUGGGGUCCGGUAACUUGGGUCACUACCAACGAAGAAACUAACCCUGUCUCUCCACCAGGCGGGGACACUAUCAACCAAGAAACAAUCGCUGCCAAUGCCUGGGGCACCACAGUCCUUAACCUCCAGCAGCCCCCAACUCCAGCAAAACCCGCCUCAGUCCCUCGCUCCACCAAAGCACCAUCCGAGGCCCGUUCGCGCCGCAGCUCUUCCAGCAAGUCCAAGCCCAGCGCGGCUCGUCCUGCUGAAAUCGAACUCGAGCCCGAUGACACCUUUUCAGCCGAUGACUUGCGCUUGAUUGCCCGCAUCCUGCAGCAAGAUUGCUCCAUGGUAUGGAGUAGGCUUAGUUGGCGGUUUAGGGAUAAGACGGGUAGAAUGCUGCAUCCUGAGGUGUUUGAAAGAAAGAUUACUGGGACUGUGGAGGGGAAGGGCAAGGGG